CUGGUCAGAAAGGCUGCUGUGCUGUCAUUCCAAGAAUGUUGCUAAAAUUCUAAUCGGUCAGUAAUGCAGGGGGAGUUAAAUAUUAUGAACAUAAGUAAAAUUACCAUUCUGAUUAUUUCUGUUCAGAGUGCAGGAGCCAUGUUCCCCUAAUUUAGACACAGUCUUAUUUUCAGUCAUUCAACUACCUCGGUUCAUUGAAACUCUGGAAUUUCUUAUUCCGUUUAAGAAGGACAUACGUGGUGAAUUAAACAGGAGGCACCUGGUGACAGCUUUACCUAACUGCCCGUUCCUGGCUCAGAUUUUGAGGUUCUGCAGUUGGUGUUACCCAUUUUAAGGAACGCUUUCCCUCAGUUGCUGGACUUGUAUUCCUGCUGAAAUGGAAGAGGCGAUGCUGCGCAGCCCUGAGCCAGAGGAGAUCGAUGUGGAGAGCCUGGAGUUGGACGGAGGGGAUGAUGAUGAAGAAGACGAGGAAGAGGAAAGCGGGAACCGAACUGUAGAGGAGGAAGCCCCACAGGCCCAACCACAGUCCGUGGCCACAGUGUCAGCAAGUGGAGAGCAGCGCAAACUAAGCCGGACCCCUAAGUGUGCGCGUUGCCGGAAUCAUGGAGUGGUGUCCUGCUUGAAGGGUCACAAGCGUUUCUGUCGCUGGAGGGACUGUCAGUGCGCCAACUGUUUACUGGUGGUAGAGCGACAACGUGUUAUGGCUGCACAGGUGGCGCUCCGGAGGCAGCAAGCCACCGAGGACAAGAAAGGGUUAUCUGGGAAGACACAAGUGCCAGAACGUAGAACUGUCUACCAAAGACAUCUUCGGACUCCUAGUUUACUGGCCAAAAGCAUCUUAGAAGGUUACCACCCUGUUCCAGCAGAUCCUUACCUUGGAGGAAGUGCACCCCUGCCCCCUCCUUUGAGUGAUCGGAUGAGAAAAAGACGUGCCUUUGCUGAUAAAGAACUGGAGAAUGUAAUGCUGGAGAGAGAGUACAAAGAACGGGAGAUGAUGGAAGCCACCACUGCUAGUGCAGUUUUUCUGCCCAACCGCAUGAUGCAUGCUGCAGAAUAUAAUGCGUACAAGACUGCAUUUCCUCCUUCGCAAACUGAUUCAUCUGGUAAGGAGUUCUGUGGUUUUGUUCCUGCUUGCCUUGACCUGGCUAUGCAAUAUUCAGGAUCUGGGAAUGUGGAGCUGAUAUCCUCCAAUGUUAGUGUGGCAACCACUACUUACAGACAGUACCCGUUGUCUUCCAGGUUCAUGGGUUGGCCCAAGUGUGGAUCAAUCAAUGAUGCUGUCCUUUAUCAGCAGUGUCUACUAAAUGCAGCAGGUCUGCAAGCACUGAAGCCUGGCACACUUUGGGACCCCAAAAUAGCACAGAUUGCAGAUAGACAGUCUCCUGAACAUGAACUUAUUUUUCCUAAAAUUGAAAGACCCAUGACACAUUCUCAGACCCAAGACAUUUCACAUGAACAGACAGAUGUUACCUGUUUGCAGGAAGCUCGAGAAAAAUCUGCUUUUUCUCCACCAAAGAAAAGUUUCAAGACAGCUUCUGAUACAGAACUGUUGUCUCCUCAAGAGUUUGUGCCAGGCAAGCUUGGAAAGGAAAGUGGUAAACAUUUUUUCCCAGUGAAAUACAACCCUUUCCAUUCAUUAAUCCAGCAAACACUCUCCGAGAAGUCUAUGCCAGACAUAAAGAACUCAGUUGGCAGAGAGCUAUUUGAGGAGGCUGCAAGGAAAUACAGAGAAUGUUCAAUCAAGGAAAACCAGAAGUACAGAUUUACAAUGGACAAAUGUACUAAAGACUUAAUUUCUGCCAAACAGUCAGGGGCAAAGUUCUCAGCAAAUGAACCACUGCCAUUUUCUGUUGAAUCCAUUUUGAAAAGACCUUCCCCUGCUGUCACUCAUACUGCUCUGUAAACAACAAUAACAAUGAGAUGCUCAAACUGUUUUUACCUCAGCGGUCUUUAUAAUGUAGCGACUAAAUUUUGUACAGAGAUCUAUGUCAUAUUGAUAAUUUUAUACUUUGCACAAACAAUGAGCAUGUUGCUUAAUGUAUGUAAAAUUAUAUUUAAACUGUUAAGACUGAAUUUUGUCUAAAUACAAGCCAUAAAAUUAUAUAUCAUUUGCAGCAGUGCAAGUAAUGUAUAGAUUCAAUAAAGGAAGUUCCAGCUGAA